GCUUUCAGCUCGGCCGGCCGUGCCGCUGUUUACCUGGAGCGCGGAGCCGUGCGUGUUUCUGCUUCGGGGCUGGAGCGGCAGCGGGCACCGGCUUCGGGCUCUGCCGGCGUUGCUGAGGGACAGUGGCGCUGCGCGUUAAUGAAAGUUCGCUGCGAUUUGCGUGUCGGAACCGGAUGCUGUUUGGCCUGCUCAGUUCCUCCAGCUUUCUGUGUUGCCACCAUCAGUAGAUUGUUUCCUGUAUCUACCAUCAACAAAAUGAACGGAACAGCAUUCAUCAUGUUAAAGUGAAGGAAAAGAACUCCGUAUUGAACAUGCUAAAACGAUUGGACAAAAUAAGAUUCAGAGGACAGAAGAGGGAUGAAAUACUCGAUCUUGUGGAAUCUCCCAAUGCAUCAGACAAUGAAUGUGGUGAUGAAAUUCCAGCAAAGCCUUCUCGAUGUUCUGUAAAAGAUUCUGAAGAAUUAAAGGAUCCUGCCCCCACAGUGUCAUCGAUUAUGGCUUUAGGAAUUCAAGAUUUCAACAGAACAGAAUCGGAAAGAUUGAAUGAGAUCAAAGGACAUCUUGAAAUUGCUCUAUUGGAAAAACAUUUUUUGCAAGAGGAAUUACGGAAGCUUAGAGAAGAAACGAAUGCUGAAACUCUAAAGCAGGAACUAGAAAAGGAAAAAAUAAAACGAAUAGAGCUGGAACAGAAAAUUUCUGAUGUGCUUAAAGUCAGAGGUGAAGAGUCUUCUAGUCAGCCAUCUGCAAAAGUGCAAACUUCAGUAAAUGGAACAGAAAAACGUGGUCGGACGUUCUACUCCAAGAUUCAAAAAUGGUUCCUUGAGAAGUUUUCAGAGUAUAUUGAAGAUUUUCAAUUCCAGCAAGAAGAGAUUCAUGUAGAAACUGAAGAACCACUUAGUGCGAAACGGUUAACUGAAAAUAUGAGAAGAUUAAAACGAGGUGCCAAACCAGUUACCAGUUUCUUAAAGAACCUGUCAGCCUUAUCAAAUUGGCACUCUGUAUACACUUCAGUAAUUGCCUUUAUUAUCUACAUGAAUGCUGUGUGGCAUGGCUGGGCCAUUCCAAUGUUCUUGUUUCUAGCCAUUUUGAGAUUGUCUCUAAAUUACCUCAUUGCAAGGGGUUGGAGGAUUCAAUGGAGUAUUGUGCCCGAAGUAUCAGAUCCUGUGGAGCCUUCAAAAGAAGAUCUCACUGUAUCUGAAAAAUUCCAGCUGGUGCUUGAUGUAGCACAAAAAGCACAGAAUCUUUUUGGCAAGAUGGCAGAUGUACUGGAAAAAAUUAAGAACUUAUUUAUGUGGGUACAUCCAGAAAUCACGCAGAAGUUGUACAUGGGCUUAUGGCUCCUCUUUAUUGCAUCUUGCUUCUUUCCAUACAGAAUUCUUGGUCUCAUUAUAGGACUUUAUGGAGGGGUCAAAUUUUUUCUCAUUGACUUUAUCUUCAAACGAUGUCCAAGGCUUCGAGAAAAAUAUGAUACUCCGUAUAUCAUGUGGAAGACUUUGCCCACAGAUCCUCAGCUAAAGGAGAGAUCAAAUGCUAUUCCAACGAGAAAGAUGCCAGCAGUCGCGUCAAGGUCCAACGUUACAGCCAAUGCCAUGUCUGUUUAUAGUCGGGACGAUGAUGGUGCACGCUCCCACAGCAAAAAGAGCAGCUUCAGUGAGAUUUUCAGUUUAGCAGAGAAUGAACGUCCUUUACCAGUAUGUGAAAACGGAUGGCGUUGCUGUCUAAUUAAUAGAGACAAGAAGAUACCCACUGACUAUAUUCGGCAUGGUUUCCUCUAUGUAACAGAAAAUUAUUUGUGCUUUGAAAGUUCCAAGUCUGGCUCAUCCAAGAAAAAUAAGAUAAUAAAAUUAAAAGAUGUUACAGAAAUACAAAAGUACAAAGUUCUGUCAGUUUUGCCUGGAUCUGGAAUGGGUAUUUCAAUAACUACUCCAUAUACCCAAAAGCCACUGGUAUUUGGUGCUAUGCUACACAGAGAUGAAGCCUUUGAAGCAAUAAACUCUCAAUAUACCAAAAUAACAUCCAGCGUAUCCAGUAAUGAGUCCUAGCCACAUGCUUUCAAUGAGGAAUAACUUGCCUGUAUAAUAUUGUUGAAAUGAGAAAUUGGACAAGAACCUCUGUUAUCUGUUUGAUGAUAUUUGCGAUGGAUUUUGUAUCUAAUUGGAAUAGAUGGUUUAUAAUCUAUAUAUUUUUUAACUUGCUGUUUAGUUAUUUUACAUUUUGGUGAGAGUUUUACACAAAAGUGCUGUUACUAUCAUAGUACCCUGCACAGUAAGCACUUUUGGCAUUUGUUUACACACAUUUUAAAUGUUAUACUAAAUUGGAGUAGGAUAAAAUUGAGUGUUUCUAAUUAAAAUAAAGAAAUAAUGUAAGAUAACUUUUGAAGUAAAAUGUACAAAAUCUGAAUGCCAAGGUUGUAUACUUCUCAGUGUCCAUUUCAGAUAAGGAGUAUUGUUUGAAGUGAUUAUCUUUUCAAAAGAAUUUUGGUAAACUAAGGUUAAGCAGAAAGAUGCAGCAAGUUAGAAAUUCUGGAGAAUCAGAACUAAUGCAUCAAAUCAUGUCCUUUUUUUUAUUAGAUUGGCAAAUAACCAAAGUAAGUAAUUAGAUUACGCCCUGAUUGUGGAGUCUGGACAGUAUAAAUAUUAAAUAAUUAUUCAGAACUUAGUGUAAGUUAUAAUUGGUUAAAUAGUUGCAUGAUAUAGAUACAAUCAUUUCAACAUUAUAUCACAAACAACUGCAGAAGUAAUCUCAUUCAGUGUAAUUAUGGAAGCAAGUUCUAAUUCUUUUAAUAAUAUUACUUUUGUUGCAACUUGGAGUUAACAACUUGCUCAGAUAAUUUUUUGGGGUUUGAAAGUUUCCCUGUCACUCCUUUUACUGUUUUUCCAUUUUUGCCAUACAGAUAUACGAAAAAUGAGUGUUUUGAACAAUUCUUCCAAUGAGUAGAAAUUGUUUGUUACUUCUUAUGUCAUAUCCUACCAUACUCUGCUUGCUGGCUUCUUCCAAAAAGACUAGUCCAUGACCAAGAUUUUCCUUGAGUUAGUUUUCCAAGUUUAACAAGUUAAAACAGACUAAUUCUAUGGAAGUGGAAGACCAUCUCUUCAGAAAGCAGCUGUAUUUAUUAAAUUCUGGGCACCAAAGUAGCGUAGUGGUUAGCACAAUGCUAUAACAGCUCAAGGCAUUGGAGUUUGGAGUCCAAUUCUGAUAUCAUCUGUAAGGAGUUUGCAUGUUCUCCCCGUGGAAUGUGCGAGUUUUCUCUGGGUCCUCCAAUUUCCUCCCACAAUCCAAAGACGUACUGGUUAGUAGGUUAAUUGUCCCGUGAUUAGUUGACUGUUAAAUCAGAGGCUGAUGGGCACAUUCUGCCUAUAUCUCUAAAUAAAUUUAAAAAUAAAUAUAUAAAUUAUUAAUGUUAUGUCCUGACCCUUUGUUUAAAUUGCCGACUCAAAUCUUCAAGAUAUGCUCUUAAGGACAUGAAUGAAACUGGUAUCCAUUAAUACUGUCUGAUAUUCUUUUUCUCCAUCAGCAAAGAAACCUGCCGUUAUUCAGUGUUGACAUAGAGAACUGCUUGAAAACUUGCUGAUAGAAGGCACCGACAUGAACCCACAUUCUGUUUCUCAGUGAUAUGGGUCAAAGAUACUGUACAUUGGCUUUGUGGAUUUUUAUCCAAUUCCUUUCUAAUUCAUUUUUUGCUUCAGUUCAGAAUGAGGUUUUAUCUGCACUGCUGUUUGUAAUCUUUCUUGGCAGAUGUCUGUACUAAUCAAGCUGCAGCAGAGAAUCCCAUUUCUCUCUUGUAUGUAGCAAGUUCUUCCCAUCAUCUCAUAGAUCAGAUACAGUAACAGCUCUAUGCCAUUGCCCACACUUGCUUAAUACAAUAGCAUACACUUAGAAUUGGAAUGUAACUGAAAUACGAUUCAUCAAACCUCUAUUUGAUGUAGCCUUCAGAAAAAAAAACUGCAGUACUGACUUACCAAUGCUUAAGACUUCAUGACCUGUUUUAUUUUUACGCGUGUUCACAGAAUUUAUAAGCCGGCCAGUGGCUUGUGGCAACUGCACCAUACUUCAAGGCGAGUGUUCCUGGGUUCAAAUCUGGCUGGCUCCUCAUAAUGCUUUCCAUCCUUGCUGAGUUGAGUGUUGAGCUAGCAACUUAGCCUCGUAAAAAACCAGACAAAAUUACCAAAUAAACAGCAAGGUUGCUGCCCAGUGCGCCACAAGGCGCAGAAAGGAACAACAACAUAGAAUUUAUACUGAGUGCGUAAAGAUGCAAGACCAUGUAGAAUAGUUUUCACUUUAUCUUGGGUUUAUUCAAGAUUUUAGUUCCUUAAAACUUUUAAUUGAACAUUAUUAAUGCUGCAAACUCUGGAAUAUGAAUAGUAGUGGAUUUGUUCUAUAUAGUUUCCUGGUACAAACAUUUGCCAAGUUCCCCUUAGUUUACAAUUAAUGUGGGAAUGUUUACUGAGGGUUAAUUUUUCAGUUCUGUAUAAGAAGUAUAUUUGCUAGUUUUGGAUUCCAUGUGGGAUACAUACUAGCAGUUAAUUUAAAAUAAUGUAAACAAGUUGUAAAAAAAGCCAUUAACUAGUAGUUUUCAAUUAAUGCAAUUUAUUUUCUUAAUAACCCCAAUCACAGAAAAGCAGUUGCCAUUCUUAAUGUAUAUUAGAUACGUUGAUUGUUUACAUAUUGAAAGUUGUGCAUAAUUGUUUUUGGUAUCAUGUAAAACUUUUGUGUAAAUGCAGAAAAUACAAAUGGAUCCAAGAAGUGUAUCUUAAUCCUGUAAAAUCUGCAAGCUUUGGAUCAUGUUUAUUCUAAAAUGGAUAAAAAAAAGUCUUGUAAAAAGUCGCACAGAUUUUUAUUUGAAAUAAAUGGU